AAUAAUAAUGAAAGGGGCUCUUUCCACGUUUGCAUCUAUAUCCCAAACGGGCUUUAAAUAGACCUUAAAAGUCCUCAAAGUUGCAUAUACAGUUGCUCUCUUGUUUCCACUCUUUCACUCUUUGGCACCCUUUUGUGUGUUUAUUUCCUAAUUGUUCCCAGCCAUGUUGGAUUCUGUGUUGGACUUCAUCACUCAAGCUGCUUCCAGCUCCGCAUUCAUUUUCUGCUUCUGCAAUUUGAUCAUAGUCAUUAUCCUAGUGGACUUGAAGCCUAGCCUCAGCAUUCAUCAAGAAAGUGAAAUCCCUCUCUCCAAGGGUGAGAAUCAGAAACAAGAAGCAAAGUACUCUAAGUCUCUUGUGGAAAAAGAGACAGCAUCAUUGCCACAAGCUGUGGAAGUGUCACAUGAUCAGGAAGCAGAAACAGUUGAAAGCAUUGAAAUUGAAGGCAAUGAUGAUUGCAGCAAUGAAGAAGAGGAUGAUGAUGACGACAACAACAUCAACGAUGAGGAUGAGCUGAAGAGAAGAGUGGAAGAGUUUAUAGAGAAAGUUAACAAAGGGUGGAAGGAAGAAUUGUUGAGCACAUCAAACUUGGCAUAGGAUUCAAAUAAUAAGGAAAGUUAGGCCUUUAACUUUGGGUUAUUAAACUUAGGCUUGAAAAAUUUGAGUCUUGUGUUGAAUUUUGUUAUAUUGUACCAUUCAAGAAAAUAACAUAGAAAUAGUUGUUUAUAUGUGCAUAGAUAAAAUGUCUUCGGUUCGGACUAGAAAUCAAUUCCUCUUGCUUUUGUGUUUUGGAGGCAAUUGUUUCAACAUGUCAACCUUAGUGCCUUGGUAAAUUAAACCAGAAAAUGAAUGAAAGUUAAGUGAUUGAGUGAGUCUCCCUGGAAAAUAGAAUAGAAGAUAAGAAUUUUCAAUGUAGAACUUUAUUCUAA